AUGGAUUCGCUGGGCUCGACAGCGACGGCUUCAAUGGCCGGUGAACUCCUCUCCCUCUCCUCCAGUAUCGCGGCCAUGUCCUCGUCCAUGUCCUCGUCCAUGAACGCAACGGGAGAACAGAUGCAGGCGGGCAACUCAGGAGGCUUUGGAUAUGCUCUCCUCUCGGUCUUGAGCUUCUUGCCGGGUGCUCUUUUAUGGCUGAUCACAUUUGCCACCAUCACGCUGCCGACAUGGUUGUUCACGCUCUUUUCCAUGAGCCUGACCUUCACCAUGAACUUCACCACGUUGCUCUUGAUAGCGCUUGCAAUAGUAUCAACCAUCAGUUGGAUCAUCCGCUACCGUUACCUCAAUGUCUACACCCGUUUACCACAAGAGCCGCAACGGAAGGAGCCGCAGCUGGAUUUGUUUCCAGAUACGCAGGAUGGGGACUCGAAGCCUGGCUUGGCCAACUACCUAGACGAAUUCCUCAGCGCCAUCAAGGUCUUCGGAUACCUUGAACGGCCGGUCUUUCACGAAUUGACGCGAACGAUGCAGACCAAGAAACUCAUUGCCGGCGAAACCUUGUUACUUGAAGAAGAGAAGGGCUUUUGCCUCGUUGUGGACGGGCUUGUUCAAAUUUUUGUCAAGUCUUUGCGGGAAUCAGACGACAGCAAAUUCGCCCGAGUGGAUUUAUUCAACGAGGACGAGGGAUACCAUGAGGGUAACCAGGGCUAUCAGUUGCUGACUGAAGUCAAGAAUGGCGCUUCCAUGUCCUCGCUAUUUUCAAUUCUGUCCCUGUUCACUGAAGAUGUAAAGCUGCGACACGGCGAUUCAGAUACUUCUGAUCCACAAUUUCCUGACCACGUUGCUCAUACCCCUGAGUCAGGUUUUGCAAGCCCAGUAACUCAGCCAUCUACCCCAGCUAUGCCUCUGCCUGACGUUCAGGAAGGUACUGACAAGCCAAGAUUACCCAGAGUUCCCCCACUAGCUUUGGAGCCUGCAUUCGAAGAAAGCAAGUCAAGAUCAAAGCCCAAGAGGUCAGGUUCAGGUCCCUCAGCUCAUCCAGACAUAGUCGCCAGAGCUGUGGUUGAUACGACUGUCGCUAUCAUUCCAGCAAGUGCAUUUCGCCGCCUCACGAGAGUAUACCCCAAAGCUACUGCACAUAUAGUCCAGGUCAUACUUACGAGGUUACAUCGAGUGACAUUAUCCACUGCUCAUCAAUAUCUGGGGCUUACUUCAGAAGUGUUGCAGAUUGAAAAAUCGAUGAACAAGUUCACUAGUUACGAUCUACCAAGUCAUCUUCGUGGGGAUGCAUUAAAUCGAUUGAGAGAUAAAUUUGCGAAGGAAAGGGAUCGCAUUGGACCCGAGGAAGGGACAAAAGGAAUUGCUUUGCAUAACCCAACUGCUCUCCACCGUCAUAGGUCUUCGAGUGGCCUUCGCAGGGAGGCAGCCACAACUGCUAGACUAGCUGCCAUGAGAGGGGCCCAACAGUCUGGGCUACAAAAGCAAGCGGAACCCUUGCCGAAGAUUAAUACCACGAACGUCACCUCUGGGGAUCUUCACGCACCAUCCAAGCUUUCCCAGCGACCUGCCAGUCUUCACCUGAAGAAUUCGGCGAAUUGGUACAACCUGAGCAUGUCUCCAGAAGUCUCGAGUCUGGGUCUUGGCAGUCCAAUGGCAGUACGGGAACAACCCUUGUUUCGUCCGUCCUUCGAGAACAAUGUCCCCCAUAGGCAAGAUUCUCUCAACGAAGACAGUCUAUUUAGAGAAUCUGUGCUGGCGUGCAUGGCGAAAGCUCUUGGCCUCAGUGAGGAUGGUAAUCAACCGCUGAAGCGCGUAGGGACGUCAGUAGAGCAGUCCCCCAGGCUUGUGUCCUAUGACUCUAAGCGCCAGACUGCGAUAUUCAACAAUGCCUUUGGUUUCAUUGACCCAUAUGAUGAUUCCGUCGAUGGCGACUCUGAAUCAAUAUCAACCUCGGUUGCAAGCAUAGGCCCUGGGAGAACCCUGAAUGAAGAAUUAAUCGAUGAUGUCGAAAUAGUUUUCUUCCCAAAAGGCUCUGUCUUGGUCGAGCAGGGCGAGAGAAAUCCUGGUCUAUACUAUGUGAUCGAUGGUUUCUUGGACGUGAGUAUUCCCGUCGAGGAAAAGGAGGACAAGAAUCUACACCUGCAUUCAAACUCUCGCGGAGGAUCUCGUGAUGAGAGCUUCCCUCGACUUCGAAGAAAUAAGACAGCCUCUUCGCGUACCUCAUCAGUACCUGGCCAACCUAAAGAAAGUAAACGAGUGAUCAGUAAAUCAUUGUUUCUGGUGAAACCCGGAGGCGUUGCCGGUUACAUAGGCACACUGUCCUCGUACAGAUCCUUCACAGACGUUACAGCGAAAACAGAUGUAUACGUCGGCUUUCUUCCUCGGUCUGCACUAGAGAGAGUGGCCGAAAAGUACCCUGUCGUUCUUCUCACGAUGGCGAAACGACUGACAAGUCUAUUGCCGCGCUUGAUACUCCAUAUCGACUUUGCUUUGGAGUGGUUACAGGUUAAUGCGGGUCAGGUCAUCCACCAUCAAGGUGAUGAAAGUGACGCUAUUUACAUUGUUCUGAACGGCCGACUUCGAGCUGUCCGUGAGCUCGAGGGAGGAACGAUGCGUGUAACUGGAGAAUAUGGUCAAGGCGAAAGCAUUGGCGAGCUAGAGGUGAUGACCGAUGGAUUAAGGCCUGCUACCCUCCACGCUAUCCGAGAUACCGAAAUGGCCAAGUUCCCAAGAACUCUCUUCAACAGUUUGGCUCAGGAACAUCCGACCAUCACGAUUCAGAUCUCAAAGCUGAUAGCUCAAAGAAUGCACACGUUGGUAGAAGCACCAUUUGCGAACCCCGGCCUCGGUAGAAAAUCAGCAGCAUUAUCCGACUCCAGCACCUCCACGUUGAAUUUGCGGACGGUAGCGAUUUUACCAAUCACUGUCGGAGUUCCCGUGGUGGAGUUCAGCAAUCGACUUACAGCAGCCUUAAGCCAAAUCGGUGUGCCCAACAGUGUUUCACUUCUGAAUCAAGCAAUCAUCCUGAAUCACCUUGGUCGACACGCUUUCAGCCGGAUGGGACGGUUGAAACUAUCUCAGUACCUCGCAGAUCUUGAAGAAAAGUAUGGCAUGCUCCUCUAUGUCGCCGAUACCAAUGUCAAUGCUCCUUGGACACAGACGUGUAUUGCACAAGCAGAUUGCAUACUUCUAGUAGGGCUUGCUGAGAGCUCACCCAAUAUUGGAGAAUACGAGAGAUUCCUUCUCGGCAUGAAGAGCACUGCGCGGAAAGACUUGGUGCUUCUUCAUCCAGAUCGGUUUCCCCAACCAGGACUUACCAGAAAAUGGUUGCGUAACAGGGUGUGGAUAAAUGGAGGUCAUCAUCAUAUUCAGAUGGCGUUCAGGAUUAGUUCUGAAGCCACGCCUCAUGCGCAACCUCGGCGACUAGGUAUUGCUAUAAAGCAUCGUGUACAGGUUCUUCAAGCGGAGAUCCAAAAAUACACUUCUCGACGAGUGCGCCCAGCACCACUGUACUCAGCUGACUCGCCUUUCAAAGGAGAUCUCCAUCGUCUCGCAAGGCGAUUAUGUGGCAAGUCGGUAGGUCUUGUCCUUGGUGGUGGUGGUGCUCGUGGAAUUGCCCAUGUUGGUGUUAUUCGUGCCCUCGAAGAGGCAGGUAUUCCAAUCGAUGUGGUUGGUGGGACUUCGAUUGGUGCAUUCAUUGGUGCUCUUUAUGCCCGCGAUGCGGAUGUUGUACCAAUGUAUGGGCGAGCGAAGAAGUUUGCUGGUCGCAUGGGCAGUAUGUGGAGGUUUGCACUGGAUCUCACAUACCCAUCUGCGUCCUACACGACUGGCCACGAAUUUAAUCGCGGCAUCUUCAAGUCUUUUGGUGACGGUCAGAUUGAAGACUUUUGGCUAUCCUUUUAUUGCAAUACUACUAACAUCAGCAAGUCUCGUGCUGAAAUCCAUACCUCAGGUUAUGCAUGGCGGUACGUCAGAGCAAGCAUGUCUCUCGCAGGCCUGAUACCGCCUAUUUGUGACGAGGGAUCCAUGUUACUGGAUGGAGGUUACAUUGACAACCUUACGGUCGCGCAUAUGAAAAGCCUUGGUACCGACCUUGUCUUUGCUGUUGAUGUGGGAAGUCUCGAUGACGAUACACCUCAACAGUACGGGGAUACGCUUUCUGGAUUCUGGGCCCUGCUGAACCGCUGGAAUCCUUUCUCCUCAAUUCCCAACCCUCCUUCACUAUCUGACAUUCAAGCUCGCCUUGCCUACGUUAGUUCCGUCGAUGCACUGGAACGGGCAAAGAACACUCCUGGUUGUCUUUACAUGCGACCACCAAUUGAUGCGUACGGCACGCUGGAUUUCGCAAAGUUUGACGAGAUCUACGAAGUUGGCUAUGCUUACGCGAAGGAGUUCCUGGCAAGGCUGAAGAGUGAGGGCGAGUUCAAGGGUGUCAUUGAUGCCUGGGGCGGUGGUAGUGAUGCCGAGGGAAAGAAAUUACUCCGAGCCAUGGCACCCAGAAGAGCAAGCAUCUGA